GUCGUCGCGGAUGACACACGGUAUAACGACGACGACGACGACCGCGACCAAUAAAAAACUUGUGUCUAUAUACUAAUAAUAAUAUAUAUACGCUCUUUGCCAUGAUGAAGCAAAGUGCGCGAGUCGUAAUGAGGUGCGCGAACUGAGCUGCGAGCAUGAUACGCAGACUGCGCUCGCCGCCGUGUUGUUGUUGUUGUCGCAAGUGUCGUUCAUUAUGGAUUGGAGGAUAAAUUCAUAGUUUAUGAGUUGUCACGGAAUUGAACACCGACAUGCCGCAAAGCACGAGAAGCGCCCGUCGCAGAAGCUCGAGUCCUCCUGGCCGUUCUCACUGGAGGGCGAAGGUGGCGGAGUCGGAGGAGGAGGGGGAGGACGAGGAGGAUCGGUGGUCAGCAGCAGCUGUGGCGGUGGCGCGGGCGGCGUCGGCGUCGGUGGCGGCGGCGGUGGUGGCAGGCACCGAGCACCGAGCCUCAGGCUCGUGAACGGCCGCAUCAGCGGGGUCGGCAACGGGGCGGCAUUGCGCACCAGCAGCAGCGAGUCCAUCCGCACGCCCCAUCACCAUCAUCACCAUCUGUCGAACGGCUAUUACUACUCCGCCAGUGGUGUCAACAACAAUCAUCCGAGACUGUGCAAGGAUGACAGCAUCAAGAUCAGCAUCGAGAACACCAACACCUGCACAGACAGUCUUGUCACGGCCUUAGACGACGAGACCCUCCUCAUUACUGACUUUCUCGGCGACGCAGGCAACGACAUGAAUUACAAGGGGAGCGGCAAAGUUCACUUCGGGGUGGACGAUGUCUCCCUGUACGGGACGCCGAAGGAGGAGCUCGGGCCGGGCUUGCCUGGGCAGGAGGUCAAGCAGAGCUUCAUCAAGAACCAACUGCAGGCCUUGUUCCAGCCGACGGACAACAAGCUGGCCAUGAAACUGUUCGGCAGCAAAAAGGCCCUCAUGAAAGAAAGAAUCAGACAGAAAGCUGCCGGUCAUUGGGUCAUACAUCCGUGCUCCAGUUUCAGGUUUUAUUGGGACUUGUGUAUGCUUCUUCUGCUGGUGGCCAACCUUAUUAUUCUACCGGUCGCUAUUAGUUUUUUCAAUGACGAUUUAAGCACACGGUGGAUAGCCUUCAACUGCCUUUCCGAUACGAUAUUCCUUAUAGAUCUUGUUGUCAACUUUAGAACCGGUAUAAUGCAGCAGGACAACGCGGAACAAGUGAUACUGGAUCCUAAGUUAAUCGCGAAACACUACCUCAGGACGUGGUUCUUUCUUGACCUCAUCUCCUCCAUACCACUAGACUAUAUAUUCCUCAUAUUUAAUCAAUUCCAGGAUUUCAGCGAGUCUUUCCAGAUUCUGCAUGCUGGUCGUGCCCUGAGAAUUCUUAGGCUAGCGAAACUCCUGUCACUCGUUAGGUUACUUCGAUUAUCGAGACUGGUGCGAUACGUAUCGCAAUGGGAAGAGGUCUAUAUUCCCCUUUAUCAGCAGCCGGAGAGGCACUACGAGCGUCGGGCUACACCGCCUGAACCAGACCGAACCAGCAAGAUAUUGCAGAACCUACAAAAAAAACGCACUGAGCGGAGGGGGCGCCUAAGCUCUGACAAUAUGAAUAAAAAGAAGUCUGGUUUCAGCAAAAGCGACCUUAUUUUUAAGUUCCUGAACAUGGCGUCGGUGUUCAUGCGGAUCUUCAAUCUGAUCUGCAUGAUGCUCCUCAUUGGCCACUGGAGCGGCUGCUUACAAUUUCUCGUACCCAUGCUGCAAGGUUUCCCGAGCAACUCUUGGGUCGCCAUCAACGAACUCCAGGAUUCAUUCUGGCUGGAGCAAUACUCGUGGGCGCUGUUCAAGGCGAUGUCCCACAUGCUGUGCAUCGGUUACGGUCGAUUUCCGCCACAAUCGCUCACGGACAUGUGGCUGACGAUGCUGAGCAUGAUAAGCGGCGCGACGUGCUACGCCUUGUUCCUCGGACACGCGACGAAUCUCAUCCAAUCGCUCGAUUCCUCGAGAAGGCAAUAUCGUGAAAAGGUGAAACAAGUCGAGGAAUACAUGGCCUAUCGUAAACUGCCGCGCGAGAUGCGACAGAGAAUAACGGAAUACUUCGAGCAUCGCUAUCAGGGCAAAUUCUUCGACGAAGAGCUCAUUCUUGGCGAGCUUUCGGAAAAAUUGCGAGAGGAUGUUAUAAAUUACAACUGCAGAUCGCUGGUAGCAUCGGUGCCAUUCUUCGCCAAUGCCGAUUCCAACUUUGUUUCGGACGUCGUAACGAAACUCAGAUACGAAGUCUUCCAGCCAGGCGACAUCAUCAUCAAAGAGGGCACGAUAGGCUCGAAGAUGUACUUCAUCCAGGAGGGCAUCGUCGACAUCGUGAUGGCCAACGGCGAGGUGGCGACCUCGCUCAGCGACGGCUCGUACUUCGGCGAGAUCUGCCUGCUCACGAAUGCCCGCAGAGUGGCGUCGGUGCGCGCCGAGACCUACUGCAAUCUCUUUAGCCUCUCGGUGGAUCAUUUCAACGCCGUCCUCGAUCAAUAUCCCCUCAUGCGGCGCACGAUGGAGAGCGUGGCCGCCGAGAGGUAUAAGCUUUGGCUAAACAAGAUAGGCAAGAAUCCGAACUUGGUCGCACAUCGCGAGGAGGACCUCGGCAGCGAAUCAAAGACCAUAAACGCCGUUGUAAACGCACUGGCGGAGCAGGCGGCGCAUGCCAGUGCCAGCGAAGAAUCGGUCCACAGUAUGGAAUUAAGAUCAUUACCGGCCUGCUUGCUACCGCGGCCCAAGUCCGAGAACAACUUUGCGAGCCAAGAAUUGACCAGAGAAAAUCGUCGGAUGUUCCACAAGAGCGACACCUUCCACAAAGACUCGUAUCAAUGACGACACUCUUUCAACUAGCCCAUGCAGCGGUACUAAAGUUUCCGUCGAUGCACGAUGCACGCACCCACAGCACGUGGCUUAAUCAGAUAACAGACACCCGCAUGACCAGUUUUUCUCACUUGGUCAUACCUGUGCAAGUGUGUGCAUAAAUGCGUGUGUACGUUUUGUGCUUGUGAUUCACAGUCUGGAACUGCUGAACACGCCUGUGAGUUUGACAAGAAACCACGAUCUUCGCUUCGCGAUACGUUUCCUUUAUCUGGUUGCGCUUUUUUCACAUUUCUCAAGUGCUACACAAUUCAAGAAACUCAACACGCAGCGACAGCGACAAAAAUCGAAGGGAAAUCUUUAGUACUGCUGGACUACUAAUAUAAUUAUAGGAAUAUUAUUAUAUUAUAAAGAAAGUUAUUAUUAAUAUAUGAAUUAAAAAAGUAUGAUUUGAAAAUCUGAAUGCCUAAUAAGCUCGCGAAAGCUCGUCAUUAUUCAAGCCCGUAAAUGUGUAAAAGAUAAUUAAAAGCAAAAUGUAACAAGAAAAACCAAAAUCAACAAUCGCCAAAUGAUAAUAUGUGUGUGAUAUAUAUUAUUAUUAAUAUAAAUAUAAGUAAAACCAAAAGGAGCGUUGACGAAAAAAAAAGAAAUAACUGUUGUUUUGUUCGAACUAGCAUGUUAUGUGCGACAAAGUUCUUAUAUGCAUGUUGUAUACAAAUCCGUAUAUCAAUGUAUAUUCAAUGGUGAUCAACAUAUGUAGGGACAAUGAUUCAUGACGACCUUUCCGGAAUUAUAAAAAAAAGAUAUAUAUAUAGUAAAAUAUAUAUAUAUAUAUACAUAAAGUAUGCACGAUUAUAAAUGAUGCACAUCUACAGACAUAACUAUACACACAAGCAAGUGUGUGCAAAAAAGAGCAGAGGCCUAUGAUUAUAAAAAAUAUAUAUUUAAAAAAGUGUGCGCGAGAUAGGACGAUAUUAUAUCUAUAUAUUUAUGAAAAAACAGAGGAUUUAAAAUUGAACACACUCGCAAAAACUAGGAAAACAGGACGUUUUCUUGUCUGUUGCAUUAGAUAAAUUACAUGAAUACCUUUAGCAAAAUGACACGAUUUUCUAUAAAUGAUAUAAAUAUAAUAUAUAUUCGUGAAAAAAAUUAAAAAUAACUAAGUUGAUACUAUAGAGUGAUGAAUUGAUAACAUAACUAUAGAAAAGUUUUAUUCAGAAAUUUUUUGGUUGGUCAAUAUGAAAAAAAUGUUAGUUUUAUUUUCGGCUCUACUCAAAAAGAGCAUAUAAAUAUAUAUAUACACUCAGUAACAAUAGGUUCUCUGUACAAAAAACUUUAAUAUUGUAAGAAAUUAUGUAGAGUAUGAGUAAUUUACAUCAAUGCAAUAUUCUGAAAACUCGAGACGGAAGAUGUAUUAAAUUUAAACUAUCGGUACUAUUUUAAUUUUCAAAUUUAUACUGGACGGUGUAGAGAUUUUCUGGCAUAAAAUCAAAAGAGAGCUUUGAAUCUUUCUGACAUUCUUUGAAUUUUAUUCCAAGAAAUUUUAAAUUAUUUUAUCUGGAGAAAUGUAGCUUAACUGCAGAUAUAAAAGAGAAAAAAUUUGUCUUGGAAUGAUUUUAUCGACGUCAUUUGAGAUGGCAUCAACAGGUUCGAAACCCAAAGACCCUGUUAAAUUGUUUGCGUUCUUUGGGUUUUUUAAAGUGAAAAAAAUCUGACGUGCUCAUUGUUGAGCAUAAAAAUGUUAUUAUAUUUAAGCUCGAAAUCUAUGUGUGUGCAUAAAAGUAUCUACACGUACACACAUAUGUUUGAGCUGCGUAUAAAUGGGUGUAUUAUAUGCAAAGAGCAAAAAAUAAUGUUAAUAGUGUUAAUAGUGUUAUUCUUUUGAUUUUAAUAAACAUUAAAAAAAGUUACAGAUUAUUAUCCACGUUACUAAAUCAAGUAUAAACAAAAAAUACAUAUACACGUUGCAGUAUAUUUAAUGAAACAUUAUAAAUAUAAUUGAAUCCUAUAAAAUUUCUGUUUAUGUCAUAUUCUUCGCCGCGCAUAUAGAUGUAAAAUUAUUUCUUGUUUUUUGUUUUUAUCUGUAAUCACCUUGAAAUCUAUCAAUUAUUGUAAAAAAAAAACCGGUAAAAAUAUUUUCAUAUCAAACAUAUAAUACUACGUUGAUAAAGCUCAAGAUUGAAUUAGAAUAAAUCCAUACAGCUGAUUUCUUAGCGACGCACUAUAAUUCUACUACUUUUGUUUAAGACUAUAUUAGUUUCUGAAUGCGCAAAACAAACAUAGGACUCAGAUGUGUUAUUGAAUAUUUAUAAAGACAAAUUAUUAAUGGAUUGCAAAUGAUGAACUAAAUAUAACAAUAAAUAAUAAUAAUAAUAAUUAAAUAUAAUUAUCAAUAAUAAUGUUAAUUAAUUAAGGAAAGGAGUAAGAACGCGAGGUCGCUUCUUCAUUUCUGGCAUGCAGUGCAUUCAUACCUUGAUAGUAUAAAUAAAAUAGAUAUACAUAAUGAAACAUGAUAUAUCUUGCAUAUAGUGUAAAUACGUCCUGUAUAACUGAUUUGAGAGAGUAACACAAAAUCACUAUACAUAUUGUAAACAUACACUAUCACGAAAAAAUAAUAAGUUGUGAAUGUUAAAAAUGAGUGAGAGUGAAAGAGGUAAAUGAUAUCUAUAUAUUUUUUUGGUAAAACAGAGUAUAAUAGUUUUUAUGCCUUGAUUUUUCGCAUUCCUUGAUUUGCCUUGAUAUUUUACCAAUAAUAAUGUCAAUAAUAAAAUGAAAAAAACUAUCAUCACGCGAAAAUUGAUAAGAUGAAAAAAAUAAUAAUAUGAGCUGCUAUAUUCACUAUUCUGCUAUAACUUUUACUUCGGCUGGAAUUAUUUAAUCAUGAAAAAAAUCAGUCGAAUAUCAAUUAUUGAUUAAUUAAGUUUAACCAGAAGAGAGCUAAAAAUUACGUAGUUCAUAAGUUGCAACAAUAGAAACAAAUGAAUGAAUAA